CCAAGGACGCGGUCUGCGGUCAACCCUUGACCGCAUCGCUUCGAAUUCGUGCUGAAAGACGCUCAAUAAUCGUGACAGGAAGAAGGGAAGUGAAAAAUGGAUAUGAAUAACUGUUUCCAAGGAAAGGAUACCGCUGCGCAGGUUCAAGUAUCCAGACAGCCAAUCAAAUGUCGCUUAUGACAACAACGUAUUGGUGACAGUUGACGCGAUUCUGUUUUAUUUGUGUUAGUGGCAGCGAGAUGGUUACUUGCGAUUUGAAGUGUUGAUGCCUUUUGGAUCGGUAAUAUACAUUUUCACUUUGAUUAUUUCUGUGAGGGAAAAGCAGAGGUCACACUCAUACUAUAUAUAAUAGGGAUAUAUCAAAUAUCUUUUUUCUGUGUUUAACUAAAUGCCAUUUGAAAGAUAAGUGUAAAUAUCAGACUUCCGUUUCGUGUAGAUAACACAAAGGACAUAGCCACCUUAUCUGAAAAUCGCCAGCUGGACAGUAGGUUUUGUGGUUUUUGAUGGCGUAGAUGAACAUUAAGUACAUCUGUGGCGUACAGUUGUAUCAAACGUUACGUGUGCUGACCAGGAUUUAACUCCUCUGCUCGGGUCAUAAAACAGAAGGUGGCAUGAUAACUUUAUUUAAUCGGUUACUCGGAUUAUGAGUGUCCAACUAUUGUUAGAAACACUUUCAGAAUUUGACGUUUAAAGGAAUAUAGGUAGGUGAUAUUCUUUGAAAGGUCACUUGGAACAAUGCAUACGAACAACAAUCAUCACCUCGUUUAAAUAGAUUGAAUCCGGGAUUGCCGAUUCGACGCUGUCCUAGAAGAGACUUAACACCUUUCACGGGAAAAUCGGGAUCCAAGUCGUCGCUGCUACAGUAUCAUUCCUUCUGCUAGUGCUAGUAUUCGGGAAGCAUUUGCUAAAUUGAGACGGAUUUCUAGCGGAGGUUGAAUGCUGAGUAUCUAUUCUCUCAAUACGAUUCGCGAUUAAACUAGACAUGAUUUAUUGUUGUUCUACCUGACGCAUCUUGGAUAUUAGGAUAUUUCAAACAAAUCAGUGGUUAAGGGCCUACUUGUCGAUUUUUGAAGUGUGUCAACAAUCAACAGGAUAUUUCAUAAGAAGGGUGACGGCAUCGUGGUGGGAUUUCAAUUUGAUUUCAUUCCUAAAACAAUCAAAGGGAUAUUGAAAUAUACAAUAUAUGAAAAUAGACGAAGGCACAAUGGCAGAGCUAGGUAAUCUGACGCUGGUGACGGAUAGAAUUCAAAUAACUAACAACACUGUCUCAACGACUGACCAAGUAAUAGACAUUCUUGAUGCGGUGUAUGUCUUCGUAUUCGGCAUCCUAGGAGGUUCCAUUGGGAAUAUACUCUUGCUAUUGGUCAUCGGAGUCAACAGGAAGCUCUGGACCGUACCUAACACCUAUGUGGUCAGUAUAGCUAUCUCAGACUUGAUGAUAACCGCUGAGGCAUUCCCUGUGAUAUUUGCAAGUAAUGUUAACCGGCGAAACGUGUUAGUUUUGGGGGGAAUAGACAGUAUGACCGCGUGCAAGAUCCAAUGCGCUAUCCAUAUUUUAUCUGUGUCAGUCUCAUUGUACAGUAUCAUGGUUGUUGCCGUAACUCGUUUCCUUUGCGUCUGCAAACCGGACUAUUACAGGUCUCACAUUGGAAUGCGGUCCUCCAUUAUCACGAAUGUUUGCAUAUGGAUUGUAUGCAUUCUCCUGGUCGCAGUAAGUGUCGGUUUCCAAGUUGUAAAGACGGAGUACAACCCCUACAUCACGGCGUGUGGGUUUUCCCACAGUCGCAGCUUAGUUUAUGUGUAUGUUUCUAACAUUCUUUCCAUUUGGCUUCCGAUGAUCAUCACACUUUUCUGCUAUAUCAUGAUAUACAGGACAGUCCACGAAGCCGGUGAACGGAUGAAGCAACACGAACAUAACGGAAAUGGCCAGACAAAGACACUGAGCAGGAAAGACUUGACUGUCAUUCGGGUGCUAUUUUUCACCUAUGCUGCCUUUGUGAUAUGUUGGUUGCCUUAUUCUAUCAUGGCGUUUGUGGCGCUCCAUACAGGUUCUAAGCCAGAACUAGCAUACAAAAUUACUGUAAGAAUGUGCAUGUCCAAUGCAUGUGCGAAUAGUGUUGUCUAUGGCUUGUUCAAUCCAAAAUUUCGACGGGAAUAUAAGCGAUUCCUCUGCUGGCCUGUGUUGGCCGUUAUUCAAAGGAAGAUUCUGCCUGAUCCAGAAUCGCAUUCUUCCACCACUUAGGCACUGAUGAGGAGAGACAAAUUAAUUAGUUUGGCUAGUUAAGUCCGUUCCAUUGGGGCCGGGCUACUUGUAAUAUCCUAUAGGACAAUGAAAUCACGGAUGUAGCCCUGAUGAAAUGUAUUACAGAGAAUCCAAGAAUCUAUAGGGGCCUAAAGGGUUAAAAUUUGAACACUCCAAAUCGCCUCCUUCAAGGAGCAAACAGAAUUGUGUGAAAUAUACCCUACCCUCAAAAGUUAUCAAUUGGUAUAUAUUUACAUGUACAUCUGACUGGUCCUAUAUGAUACUUCCUGUUUCCUUACGGAAAUUUCGAAAUUUAAGGGCGCGGUUAUCAAAAUGUGAUCAUAUUCUUCUACCCGUUGUCACAUAACCUAAUGUUCCUAGGGAGGAAAGUUUCUAAUUUUUGAUGACAGAUAACGGUGCACUGCCGUGCAUGGCAUGGCAGGUAAGACCGAUGGCAACUUCCGCCAGACGUCGAGGUAAACUUACGUUUGCGACAGUAUUCUUUGCCUGUAUCUCCGGAUCCAUAACACGCUCAGCGCUAUUGUGAGUUUACAUGUCAUGUGUCUUUCCAUGCAUCCUGUUGCUGAUGAUAAAAGUGUCACGCACCAUUUCACUUUGAUAUUGCCGCGGAUUAUGUCAGCGUUAAAUGACAACUAGUGCAUGUAAUCAUUGGUACGAUAUUAGUAAUUCUGUAAAUUAAAUUUGCUUCAAAUGAAUGGCUUUGCCCUGUGCGUGGUUUCAGAGGAGAACGAAGGUUAUGUUUGUCAUUAAUAAUUCAAAUUUAUAAUCAGUCCGUAAUCUAGAUUCGUCAAUAUGACAUAACAUACAAUGUAUAAGAUAAUCCAGUUGGUGACUACGAAAAAUCGACAACUUGCCAAAGUAAAUAUUGUGUUACUUUCAUUGAUUGACCUUCACCUCUGCCACAUCCAGUAUGACAUUAGGUAGGUUUCGCAACCCCUACUCAUCCGAAGUACGAAGUACGAAAGUUUGUGGUGUCGGCAUCAAGUCCUGCGUGUAUUAGAGACUUUUCGCAAAAACCCCGAAACGUCCAGGUGAACGCCUAUCCCACUGUUCGACGUGUGUGUCAAUACAAUCAGUUUAUUCUUUAUUUGAUAGACCCUGGUUUAUCUAAGCAGCAUCAUCGAGAAAAAAGCCAUGGAUGAAGCGGGAUUAUUGAUAAAUCGGUUUGUACCUCACGCUUUGGUUCAAGACAUAGUGCAACUUAAUCUGGUUAAAUAUCAGUUUGAAUAAAUCUAACGGCCAAAAUAUAUCAGAUCAUAUCAUAUCCUAGUUUGACAAGUGAGCUAUCGUAAGCCGUCAGGCAAUGCUCCAAUAAAGUCGUAGUUACUCUUAAGGUUGUGGUAUUUUGCUGUUGGCUGUAGUGUUGAAAUGAUGAUAGCCAUGUAGGAAAAAUAUAUUAUUGCCUCCACAAAUUGUCCAACAAUGAAGCCCACAUAGUUUAGUUUUGGGUGUGGUCGUGGCCGCUUAUUUCAUUUGGCAAUGUGCAUGUUCCAUGACAUUCCAGAAAUAUGUAACGAUUGCCUAUUUUAACAUUUUCAUAAAUAAAAGACUUAU